GGUGCAACGGCUCCGUCAAAUACAUGCGGUGGUGCACAGCUCGUUGCGGUGUAAUUCCUUAUGACAUAGCUUUCAACUACCAAUACUGCGAUGUCAUCGAGAACAGAUGACAUUUUGUUUGGUCAUGCCACUCUUUUGGAUGAGCUGGACAGGAAGGUGAUGGUGCUGCUGCGCGACGGCCGGACGCUGAUCGGGAUCCUCCGCAGCGUCGAUCAGUUCGCCAACCUCGUGCUAGACAAGACCACCGAGCGCAUCCACGUCGGCAAGCAAUUCGGCGACAUCUACCGCGGCAUUUUCGUAGUCCGCGGCGAAAAUGUCGUGGUUGUCGGCCUGAUCGACGAGAUGCGCGAGCCGUGCGUCGGCCUGCAGGAGGUGACGGUGGAGGAGAUCCUGGAGGCGCAGCGGCAGGUGCAGGAGGCGCGCCAGCAGCAGGAGCAGCUGCGUGCCAAGGCCAUGAAGGAGCGUGGCCUGACGUACACAGCUGACCUGGGGCCUGACGACAUGUACUGAGGCCCGGCGCGAUGCGCUCUGUCUCUCCGCGGCCGCAGGCGGUGUCGGACGUCCCUGGUGCGCGCGCUGCCGGUCUGUGGUUCUCGGUACCGUGCACGUUGGCGUGCGCGCUGCCCGCGGGUGUGUCUGCGAACAGUUCAGUGUGGCGACACUGAUCGCGGCGAGGCAGUGAUAGGUGACAGGCGGAAAGCUAUGUUAUUUAUGAGCGCUUUGUCAGGAAGACCGUGUUCUUUUGUCGUGUGAGAAAAGAUGCACGCUUGAGGGUAUGUGUUCGCGGUGUGUGGUGAGGGAUAAGCUGUACUUUGAGCGUUUUGUAGCCUUGUACGCUGUGAUAUCAAACAGGAUUGGCUCGGGCUACCAUUUUGGUUAUUUUUGCAUAUACUGGAUUGCAGUUUCUCUCUGACUUAUGGGCGCAUCAGCAUGUUGUGCAUCACAUUUUCCUCAUGAGUUACACCAUCGUUGUUAAAGAAUGCUCAACUUGAUGCCCAGGGGUCAAGCGGAAUAUAUGUAGUAAAAUUCUUCAGUA